AUGGUUAGAGGAUGGUUGUUAAUCAAGCUUUGCAUUGUAACAGAGAUGGAUACCGCACAUCUUGUCAAACCGUCAGCUAAGUAUGCGUGUGAAGCACCUGAUAAGCAAAACGACCAAGCUGGCAUUAGACCGAGUAAGACGUACCAGGCACUAGCCAAUGCCGCUGGUGGCCCUGCCAAUCUCACCUUUACAGAGAAGGAUGUUAGAAAUUACAUUAGUCGUCACUUACGCAUUUUCGAGGAUGAGACGGAUCCAAAAGAGUUACUUAAACACUUCUCACAGAUGAAGGAGCUCAAUCCGAACUUUUUCUUUGAAAUAGAUGUGGACAAAAACCAUAGCAUUAGAAAUGUGUUUUGGGCCGAUGCUUGGUGUAGAGAUGCAUGGGAAUAUUUUGGUAAUGUCGUGAUGUUUGACACUACUUACAAGACUAAUAGGUAUGACAUGCUGUUCGGGUAUUUCGUAGGUGUCAACCACCAUGAGAUGUCUACGCUUCUUGGGUGCGAUUAUUGCGGAAUAAGGACACUCAUAUGUUUGCUGACUGACAUAUGCGGGUGCCAGUAUUUUUCAAGGACGAAUUCUGGGCUGGCAUGA